UGAGCGUAUAAAAAGACGGACUCUUUCUGUCUGAAAAAAACAAAAACCAACCAACCCUCUGGAAGCACAGGACCUUCGUUUGCACCUCACCUUAUCUUGGAUUUGUAAGAAGCCUCCAAGGACGCAAGAUGCCACUUUCAAGCAGCUCCACGUCCUCCUCCAAGAGCCUCCGCAGGGCGGCAUCCGAGCUGGAGAGGUCGGACUCUGUCACGUCCCAAAGGUACCUGGGAAGACGGCAGAGCUUGAUCGAUGACGCUCGGAAGGAGCGGGAAGCCGCCGCCGCCGCCGCCGCCGCCGAGGUCGCGGAGGCCAGCGAGCAGAUUGUCUUCGAGGAGGACGACGGAAAAGCCCUCCUCAACCUCUUCUUCACUUUAGUCAGCAACAAGACGUCCGUCCUGUCGAGGACGCUGAAAGUUUUUGAGACAUUUGAAGCAAAGAUCCAUCACUUGGAGACGCGGCCGUGCCGCAAGCCGAAAGACAGCCUUCACCGCUUGGAGUACUUUGUCCGCUGUGAGGUUCACCUCUCAGACGUCAGCACCCUCAUCAGCUCCAUCAGAAGAAACGCAGAAGAUGUCAAGACCACCAAAGAAGUCAAAUUUCACUGGUUUCCAAAGAAAAUAGCAGAUUUGGAUAAAUGUCACCAUCUGGUCACCAAAUUUGAUCCAGACUUGGAUCAUGAUCAUCCUGGUUUCACAGACCCAGUCUACAGACAGAGGAGAAAAAUGAUCGGCGACAUCGCCUUCGGAUACAGACAUGGCGAGCCGAUUCCAAGAGUGGAUUACACAGAAGACGAAAUCGGCACAUGGCGGGAAGUCUUCUCCACUCUGAGGGACUUGUACUCCACCCAUGCGUGCAGUGAGUACCUCGAGGCCUUCUGUCUGCUGGAAAAGCAUUGUGGGUACAGUCCAAACAACAUUCCUCAGCUGGAAGACGUGUCCCGCUUCCUGAAAGAGCGUACCGGCUUUCAGCUGCGUCCGGUGGCAGGUUUGCUCUCAGCGAGAGAUUUCCUCGCCAGCUUGGCAUUCCGGGUAUUCCAGUGCACCCAGUACAUUCGACACGGUUCCUCUCCGAUGCAUUCCCCGGAGCCCGACUGCGUCCAUGAACUUCUCGGCCACGUCCCCAUGUUGGCCGACCGCACGUUUGCCCAAUUUUCCCAGAAUCUCGGCCUGGCAUCUCUUGGCGCUUCAGAUGAAGACAUUGAGAAACUAUCCACACUCUACUGGUUCACUGUGGAGUACGGCUUGUGCAAACAGAAUGGAGAAGUGAGGGCUUACGGUGCUGGACUACUUUCUUCUUAUGGAGAGCUCGUGCACUCUCUUUCCGAUGAACCGGAGACCAGAGAGUUCUGUCCGGAAGUUGCAGCAGUGCAGCCCUACCAAGACCAAACAUACCAACCGGUCUACUUUGUAUCCGAGAGUUUUUCUGACGCAAAGGAGAAAUUCAGGACAUACGUUGCCGGUAUCCCCCGCCCCUUCUCGGUGAAGUUCGAUCCAUACACCAGCAGCAUCGAGGUCCUGGACAACCCCUUGAAGAUCCAAGGAGGCUUGGAAGGAGUGAAGGAUGAGCUGAAGAUGCUGACAGAUGCCCUCAGUGUUUUGUCCUGAGAACGUACCAUCCCGGCGUGCGGGGACGCUGUCUUCAUCUGCUGCCGUUUGCGUCCUCUCUGCCUGACAUGUGUCAUGAUCGGUUCUUGUACGUCUGCUUUGGUGCUGUUUGGGUAUCGCUAUCGUCGUGGCUGGCAACAACCGCUAAAACCUCAAUGUCGGCGUUCUAGAUGAUGUUUCCAAAGAUGUUCAAUGCCUGUCUUGGUGUUUAGAGGCAAUAGCGCUCAUCCGGGCUGUCAAAGAAAUUGUGUCAUAACGGUAGAUAAUUAGGAAAUAUUAUUUUAUUCUUUAUUAUUUUAAUCACAUCACAUCACAUUAUAAUCACAUUUAAACAUAAAUAUGGACUCCAAGCAUCAUUGGCGCAACUUGGCUCGUGCCAUUACAUUCCAGUGAAUUCCAAUAGGCAGAUUGUUUGUGACAUUUGGUUCCACUUGGUAGACACAAACAUUUUUAAACAUUUUGAAAUGUUCUUGCCUCCAAACUCAAUUUUUGCCACUGUUAUAAGCCACCACGAGCCAGUUGGAGCCACUGCAUGCCACUAGGCACCUUAUUGGUGACACUGCGCGCCACAGCAAAUUGCAUUGGCGCGAACUGGCGCGAACCGGCGCGAACUGGCGCGAACUGGCACCAACUGGCGCCGGCCCAGUGGACUCCAAGCAUCAUUGGUGCAACUUGGCUCGCGCCAUUACAUUCCAGUGGAUUCCAAUAGGCGGAUUGUUUGUGACAUUUGGUUCUAUUUGGUAGACACAAACAUUUUUAAACAUUUUGAAAUUUUCUUGCCUCCAAACUCAAUUUUUGCCACUGUUACGGGCCACCACGAGCCAGUUGGAGCCACUGCCUGCCACUAGGCACCUUAUUGGUGACACUAGGUGCCACAGCAAAUUGCAUUGGUGCGAACUGGCGCCGGCCCAGUAAACUCCAAGCAUCAUUGGUGCAACUUGGCUCGCGCCAUUAUAUUCCAGUGAAUUCCAAUAGGCGGAUUGUUUGUGACAUUUGGUUCUACUUGGUAGACACGAAGAUUUUAAACAUUUUGAAAUUUUCUUGCCUCCAAAUUUUUGCCACCACGAGCCAGUUGGAGCCACUGCAUGCCACUAGGCACCUUAUUGGUGACACUAGGUGCCACAGCAAAUUGCAUUAGCGCAAACUGGCACCAACUGGCACCGGCCCAGUGAACUCCAAGCAUCAUUGGCGCAACUUGGCUCGUGCCAUUACAUUCCAGUGGAUUCCAAUAGGCGGAUUGUUUGUGACAUUUGGUUCCACUUGGUAGACACAAAAUUUUUUAAACAUUUUGAAAUUUUCUUGCCUCCAAACUCAAUUUUUGCCACCGUUACGGGCCACCACGAGUCAGUUGGAGCCACUGCAUGCCACUAGGCACCUUAUUAGUGACACUGGGCGCCACAGCAAAUUGCAUUGGCGCAAACUGGCGCGAACUGGCACCAACUGACGCCGGCCCAGUAAACUCCAAGCAUCAUUGGCGCAACUUGGCUCGUGCCAUUACAUUCCAGUGGAUUCCAAUAGGCGGAUUGUUUGUGACAUUUGGUUCUACUUGGUAGACACGAAGAUUUUAAACAUUUUGAAAUUUUCUUGCCUCCAAAUUUUUUCCACUGUUACAAGCCACCACGAGCCAGUUGGAGCCACUGCAUGCCACUAGGCACCUUAUUGGUGACACUGGGCGCCACAGCAAAUUGCAUUGGCCAAACUGGCACCAACUGGUGCCGGCCCAGUGGACUCUUUGUUCUCUUUCGCCACUCAGUUUCAAACCCAUUCUUAAGUUUAGAGCUUGCUAUGCUAGCAGUGGCUGUCUCUCGUGUUAGCAGAGAUGUGGUGUAAACAAAGAAUAGCGGGCGUGUAAAGGUGACAAUAGGGGGGGGGGGUUAUUUCAUGUCGCCAACGACCAAUUAACCCCCAUCAAGGAGGGGCCAUUGUAGUUGCUAUUGUAGAUACUAAAAUCUAAUUUCAGUGCAUCUAAAACAAAAAUAAAUAUAUGAUAAAUACAGCUUGUGGAUUAUGUGUUACGGAUUGAAAACAGUGGUUUAUGUAUUAUGUAUAUAUGCAUCUUGCUGUCUAAAUAUGCGAUUAAAAAAAGUCAUU